AUGUCUGGACGUGGAUUUGGUCGUGGUGGCGGUCGUGGUGGCCGUGGCGGUGGUCGCGGCGGUAGCUUCGGUGGAGGCCGUGGUGGCGGCGGCCGUGGCGGCGGUCGCGGUGGUAGCUUCGGAGGAGGCCGUGGUGGCGGCCGUGGCGGCGGUCGUGGCGGUAGCUUCGGUGGAGGCCGUGGUGCUGGUGGUCGCGGAGGCCGUGGUGGAGGUCGUGGCGGUGGCCGCGGUGGCAUGGCUGGCGGUGCCAAGGUCGUCGUGGAGCCUCACCGUCACGCCGGCAUCUUCAUCGCUCGUGGCAAGGAAGACGCUCUUGUGACUCUCAACUCGACGCCCGGCAAGUCUGUGUACGGCGAGAAGCGUAUCUCGGUGGAUGUCCCGGCCGCUUCGGGCGAGGGCACUGAGAAGGUUGAGUACCGUGUGUGGAACCCGUUUCGCUCCAAGAUCGCCGCUGCCAUUUUAGGCGGUGUGGACAACAUCUGGAUCCAGCCCGGUGCCAAGGUGCUGUACCUGGGUGGUGCCUCCGGUACGACCGUGUCGCACGUGUCUGACAUUGUGGGACCCACUGGCGCCGUGUACGCUGUCGAGUUCUCCCACCGUGUGGGCCGCGACCUCAUCAACAUGGCCAAGUCGCGAACCAACGUCGUCCCGAUCAUCGAGGACGCCCGUCACCCGCUCAAGUACCGUAUGCUCGUGCCCAUGGUCGACGUCGUGUUCGCUGAUGUCGCCCAGCCCGACCAGGCCCGUAUUGUGGCUCUCAACGCUUCGCACUUCCUCAAGAACGGCGGUCACUUUGUGAUCUCCAUCAAGGCUAGCUGCAUUGACUCCACGGCCCCGCCUGAGGCCGUCUUCGCUCGCGAAGUCAAGAAGCUACAGCAGGAGCAGUUCAAGCCUGCUGAGCAGCUGACUCUGGAGCCGUAUGAGCGUGAUCACGCUGUCGUUGUCGGCUCGUACCGUGCACCCAAGAAGGAGAAGAAGUAG